AUGCGUACGCUACUAGAAUGUGUUGCAAUUUUCAUUUCUCUGAAGAUUGUUAUUGCACAGGAGCCAGAAUUGGUGAAGAGAAAUAGUACGCUCUUAGCGCCUAUCAUCGCGGAGCCGAGUCAGCAUUGGGAAGGUGUUGAUGGAAGCUGGUCUACAUUCGAAAUCCACGUUGGAACACCCGCGCAAACCGUUCGCGUAUUACCAGCGACAUCGUGGCAGGAAGUUUGGGUUAUAUACGGCGCAGCUGCCAAUGUUUGCAAUACUAGUGUAGGGGUUCCUUCAGACUGCAGUGAUUCACGAGGUGUUUUUUACGAUUCGUCGAAAUCCUCAUCAUGGGAAAGCAAUACACAGAAUUUUCUCGGUCUGGAUGAGGCGCAAGGCUACUCCGGGGAGGGGCAAUAUGGCUUUGAUACGGUUGGCUUGGGCUACACAGCUUCCGAUGGACCUGCCCUUAAACACCAAAUUCUUUCUGAAAUCGUUUCCGAUACUUGGUGGUUUGGUAUGCUGGGGCUUGGUUUUCAACCCACGAAUUUCUCGACUUACGGCAACCCGCAGGACAGCUUCUCUGGUACGUUGUCGUCAAAUGGCUCAAUAUCAAGUAUGAGUUGGAGUUAUACAGCUGGGGCAUAUUACCGGCUGAAAAGUGUUUACGGAAGCUUGAUAUUCGGUGGCUAUGAUGCGUCUAAAUUUACGCCAAACGAUGUUAUAUUCAACAUGGCUCCCGAUAACCUUCGAGAUAUCGUGGUCACAAUUCGCUCAAUAACGUCAACCACGGCUUCAGGGAAUACUUCUUUGAUGCUUACACCCCAAUUGGCCCUCAUCGACUCGGCCGUACCCGAAAUAUGGUUGCCCACAGAAGCAUGCCAACAGUUUGAAAAAGCCUUUGGGCUUACCCUAGACCAAACAAGUCAACGAUACCUUAUCAACGCUUCCACCCACGCCAGUCUACAAAACCUGAACCCAAACAUUACCUUCACACUAGCCAACCAAAAGACAGGCGGUCCAACGACCGACAUUGUUCUUCCUUAUGCUUCCUUCGACCUUAAUCUCACAGCUCCUAUCCUUACAAACAAGAGUUCCCUCUACUUUCCCCUCCGCCAAACAAAUGAAGCUGGUUUAUACACAUUAGGACGGACCUUCCUUCAAGAAGCAUACGUCACAACCCACUACAACAGCCGCACCUUCAAUGUAUCCCAAUGCAUAUUCGACGAAAACGCCGAAGCCCACGUUGUAGCACUCCCUCCCGACCUUCCAACCCCCACAUCCAGCUCCUCGCCCACAAACUCUAAUAUCUCCAAACACUCCAAGAAGAAAAACGUCUCCACCGGUACAAUCAUAGGUAUCGUCCUCGGCUGUCUCCUAGGAAUCGCCUGCGUCUCCCUAGUCGCGGCCCUAAUCAUCAUCCGACGCCGCCGCAAGCUCAAAGCCACCAAUCUCCAUGUCCCCGGUCCAGACGUCGCCGAAAUCGACACAGGAAAACGAAUCGAGCAUCCAGAUUCCAGCGCAUAUUCCGCGCAAGCUUCUGCAUACACAAGUGAAAUCAGUGGGCAGGAUGCCAAGGUUGAGAUUCAGGGCAAUCCGAUAAUGCAUCCGCAGGAAUUGGAAGCUGAGGUGCCGAUCCCGUCGCGUAGGAUCGAGAGUGAGGGAGUUGUUGGACCGAACGAUGGCUCAAGAGGAGCUAAUGUCAAUAGUCUGAGCCCUGUAGCGGAACAUGAACGGACGGCAGUAGAUGGACAUGGUUCUGAGGAGAGGGGACUGGGGGAAGAAUAUGAAUAUGGGCGUUCGAGAGAUGCCGAGGAUGACCAUAUUGUCAGUCCAAAUUCUGAUACGAUGCCGAGUAUAAUGGAAAGGGGGAGGGGCGCGGCCGAUACUAGGAUCAGUAGUCCGAGCGCGAGUGAGGCCGGGACGUGGAGUCCGAGUACGCCGGUUGAGCGCAGGGGAAGUAGGUUUCACGAGCGUAUAUAA